CGGCCGCCGCAACGGGGGAACGGACAUGGGCGGCGGGACCGGGCGGGCCGGGGCGGGCCGGGGGCCUCCCGCCCGCCGGCAUGAGAGCCUGGAACUGCCAAGUGACAUCCUGCCACCUGGGAGCAUCGCAGACCCGGAAUGAAUGGGGAGAAGCUGCUUGGGUUGAUGAUCCGUGUUCCGGUGCAGCCGUUAAAAGCCACCAGCACCGUCCGACUGAUCAGUGAAGACAGGAGGGCUGAGCCUGGACCUGCUCCAUACUUUUGAGGUAGAUUUGGGGCACACCGUUGCUCCCACCCUGCUCCAAGGAGCCAUGGAGGACAAACGCAACAUCCCCAUCAUUGAGUGGGAGCACCUGGACAAACGGAAAUUCUACGUGUUUGGGAUUUGCAUGACUAUGAUGAUCCGGGUGAGCGUUUACCCUUUCACGCUCAUCCGGACGCGGUUGCAAGUUCAGAAGGGCAAGAGCCUGUACAACGGGACUUUUGAUGCCUUCGUGAAAAUCCUGCGGACAGAAGGGGCGACUGGGUUGUACCGGGGCUUUUUGGUCAACACUUUCACCCUCAUCUCCGGACAGUGCUAUGUGACGACGUACGAGCUCACUCGCAAGUACGUGUCGCGCUACAACAACAACAAUGCUGUGAAGUCUCUGGUGGCAGGUGGCUCAGCCUCCCUGGUAGCCCAGAGCAUCACCGUGCCCAUCGACGUCAUCUCCCAGCACCUCAUGAUGCAGAGGAAGGGGGAAAGCAUGGGCAGGUUUAAGGUGCAGAACCAAGACGGCAAGCGGAUGUUGGUCUUUGGCCAAACCAAGGACAUCAUUGUACAGAUUUUCAAAGCCGAUGGCUUUAGAGGCUUCUACAGGGGCUACGUGGCCUCGCUGCUCACCUAUAUUCCCAACAGCGCGGUCUGGUGGCCCUUCUACCACUUCUAUGCUGAGCAGCUUUCUGGUUUGACUCCCAAGGACUGUCCCCAUCUCCUCCUGCAAGCCAUAUCGGGGCCGCUCGCGGCUGCCACGGCGUCCACGCUCACCAACCCCAUGGACGUCAUCAGGGCGCGGGUGCAGGUGGAAGGCAAGAGCUCCAUCAUCCUCACCUUCAAACAGCUCAUGGCGGAGGAAGGUCCCUGGGGCCUGACCAAAGGCCUCUCUGCCCGGAUCAUCUCGGCCACUCCUUCCACCAUCGUCAUCGUGGUGGGGUAUGAAACUCUGAAGAAGCUGAGUCUCCGCCCGGAGCUGGUGGAUUCGAGACACUGGUAGAGGAGAAACCUUCCAAGAACCUUCUGCAUCUCGACCGUGACGGUUGGAAGCCGGGGAGGACGGGCUGCUGCCAUCUCCCUUGUGUCUGGCAGAAGCAGGAGCAACCGCAAUUCACAUUUCAGUAAUUAAAACAAACCUCUGCUGCUGUUUCUGCUUCAAACCAUCCAAAUGUGACCCUGGGCACCGUUGUUUGCCUGUAACGGUCCAUCGGAGAGCGGCCAGUUGUGUGAAUGCAUCCCAGCAAGUUCCUAAGUCCCUUUUAUAAAUGAAAGACUCACUGGCCGAAGCAAAAAGCCGGUUUAUUCUUUAAAUGAUUUUAAUAGUUGCCAAACUUUUGAGGAGGGGAGACGGCAGCAGAGCCCUCUGGUGGGUGCAGAUGUAACGUACAGUAAAUUUCUCCACUCGCCCACGUUUAUUUCUAGAAGAUGUGAGGCGAGCGUAACCCAGAACCACUUCAGACUCUAUUUACUGUGUUUCGAAUAGAUCUGUACGUACCUUUUUUGUAUGUUCUCCGAAAACGUUUCCCAUCUCUCAUCCCUCAAACAGCAAACUGACCGGUAGGCCAGUUAGGAGUUGAGUUGGCUGUUUGUUAUUAGCUGCUGGUAAUUUUGACACCUAACCUACGUUUUUAAUUUGGUGUUAUUUAAUAUUAUUAUUAUUAUUAUUUUAGGGAGGCUUAUUCUGAUUUCUGGGGGACUGAGCGGUUGUUCUGUGGCCUCGUUCGAUGUGUCAAUGCUGCAUGUUCAGGGUGGCUGCUGCCACUUCCCACCUUGAUUUAGUUUAAGCACAAACUAAGCGUGGAGUUUGGAAACGUCAGAUUGCUGAGGGAAAACCGAAUGUGAGCUGAGCUACACCCGGGUGCGAGGUGGGGAAGAGAAGAGCUUGUCCUGGCUUUUGAUCCAGUUCAGACCUGAUUGGCGUGUUCAUAUUGAAUAAGAAGUGAUGGUUGACUAGUACUUGAUGUUUCAAUCCUGCUCGUCCUGUUUGGGAUGAUUCUUUGCACGCUCUUGCUGGAUCAAAAUCUUACGGUGUGGUCUGUGUUUUGUAGCAGAUGAUGGAGCAAGAGGCUGCUCUGGGGAGGAGGAGUGAAGGGCUCGUUUGGGCUCGGUAGUUGAGAUUUGCCCCGGUGGUUCCAGCCCAUUCGUGGUGUGUCUGGAGGGUGAGGGAUGUAUCACCCCCUCGGUUCCUCUCGCUGCUGUCGCAGUGGUUGUAGUGCUACCUGGCUCCUCGCUGGCUCUUCACCUGGGUCUUACUAAGCCUGGGUCUUACUAAGCCUGGGUCUUACUAAGCCUGGGUCUUACUAAGCCUGGGUCUUACUAAGCCUGGGUCUUACUAAGCCUGGGUCUUACUAAGCCUGGGUCUUACUAAGCCUGGGUCUUACUAAGCCUGGGUCUUACUAAGCCUGGGACUUACUAAGCCUGGGACUUACUAAGCCUGGGACUUACUAAGCCUGGGACUUACUAAGCCUGGGACUUACUAAGCCUGGGACUUACUAAGCCUGGGACUCACUAGGCCCGGGACUGGACUCACUAGGCCCGGGACUGGACUCACUAGGCCCGGGACUGGACUCACUAAGCCCGGGACUGGACUUAAUCAAGGCCGGGACUGGACUCACUAAGCCCGGGACUGGACUUAAUCAAGGCCGGGACUGGACUCACUAGGCCCGGGACUGGACUUAAUCAAGCCUGGGCCUUACUUUGUCCCCACAUCUGCGUUUCAGUCCUCGCAGGGACUGGAUGUGCCGCAGUUUCUACUGGAGGUGGAACAACCACAGAUGCCGCUGAAGACAAAGACUUUUGUGUUGGAGGGCAGAGCUUGGUUAGAAGAUACAGCACAAAUGAGUCAGCAAAGACCUUUUAAUCCCACCGUUGUUUUCCGCGGCGUCAAACGGGGCGACGCGUGCCAGCGCCGCCGACGGAGCUGUUAGCGCAGCACGUAGCGCAAGCGGCUCUGCUGUCGCGGUUUUCUCGUUCCAAAGACGACGCCAAUCAGCUCUAGGAGUGGAUUCUGCUCUAAAAACCGGACCAGCAGCAUCGCAAGAUCGCAAGGAGGGAUCCCGAGCGUACGGUAGCAAUACCUAUAUGAAAUGAAACGGUGCUAAUCGGCGUCCGCUCGUUACCAGCAGGGUGUGCAGACAGCGCGAAUGUGAACUGGAUAUUCCUCUUACCCGGCAAAAUUCUCGACAACUAAUAAACUUCAGAGACCUGCGAUUCGCCAACGGAAUUUAAAAGCACGUUAGUGUUGGGGAGUGCGCUCACCUGGUGGUUCCACAGCACACAAUGAAGCUUUCUCGCUCCUCAUGAUUCUGAGCAGCACAAGGAUUGACCUGAGCAGCGGAGACCGCCUGUAAAACAAUGAGAGUGACUGUGCGCCGAGCCGAAACAGCCCGAAAACAACAGGCGAACGCACCUGGAGCCGCAGAUGAGUUGUGAGCCCGGACCCUCCGUUACAAACCGUGGUAGUUCUGGUUUAGCUCUUAUGAGCAGGACCUUGACGAGGGGAAAAUGCAUGAGACCUGUUGUUUUUUCCUCUCUUUCUGUGCCGAACUUGGGUUAUUCUUCUCCUUUUGGAUUCUUCGGGCUUGAUCGUUUGGUUUCAUUAAAUGAUCGAGAACGUU